AUGUCACAAACACCUCCAAAAAGUAAAUUACCUGAACAAAAAUCUGCAUUAGACGUUGCAGUUAAUCAGCUUGUCCGAGCUUCAGUAGGUGGUAGCGUACCCCCUACGCUACCCGAUGAGGAUCUAGACAAGUAUAUUGCUGACCUGGUUUUAAAAGAAGCUUCCGUAAAGAAUAAGAUGUAUAAUAAAGAGGGUAUCAGAGCAUAUUUGCCACAUACCGGGACCAGUCAACCAUGUAACCUUCCAAAGACUAAUAAAAGGUUUUUAAUUAAUGUGGUGAAAAAUGUGGAUUAUCAUAAUCAGGCUUUACUUAGGAAGAUAGAAGAGGAAGCUGCCGCUCGUAGGAUUGCUUUAAGACGAAAAGUUUCAUCACGUCAACGCGAUUCUUAUAGUAGAAAUUCUAGAACUAGAAAGUUAUCAAGUGAUAGAUAUUAUAGCGAUAAUAUUGAUUCGGAUUCGGAUUCGGAUUCAUCAUCCAGAGGUCGAAGGUUAAGUCGUAGAAGGAGAUAUUAUUCCCGAAGCCCAAGUUAUGAUAAUAGAAAAUCGUCGUCUACGAGAGAAAAAUCUAGUCGACGUUCUGUUAGUCCAGGUAAAGAUAAUUAUAAUUCAAGGUUUAUCUCAUCGCGAGAGGAAAGAGUAAAUUUAUCAACAGAUUCAAAGAAUAAACCUACAUCAGAAACUAACGUUGUUAGAAAAAAAGGGCGUGGUGAAGUUAGUAAUGGGUCAAAAAUGGAUAAAUAUUUUAGGAAGGAUUAUGAUCCGAUGUUUGAUGUUGAACCAUUUAUUGGAGAACCUGGUUGGUAUAAUUUUGAUAGAUUUGAACAAAUGUUUGCUGAAAAAUCCGAAAAAUCUUCUAGUAAAUCCAAGAAAAAGCGAAGACGAGAUUCCGACGAUGAAACUUCUGAUUCAAAUGAAGAUGUCGAGACUAAUAUAAAAAAACGUCGGAAAAAUGAUAACAAUCACAAAACUAUAGUUUCUGUUCGCGAAUGGGACAAACCAAAAUUAGUAUUUGGAAAUUGGGAUCUUGAUAAAACUAUAUAA